GUGAGGGCUUGUAGGCAACACUGCAACUGUCAGCGGCACCCAAACACAACCCUCAGUGUGCAGCUGCCCUCAAAGGCUCUCCCAUCUGGACACCCAUGACCCAGGAUCCCGCUGCAAUGACCUGGUGGAAGGACUAUUUCUGGAUCAUUUUAGCUGUGGCCAUCAUUGUCGUCUCCUUGAUUCUGGGCCUUAUCCUGUUUUGUGUCUGUAGGUGGCAGCUUCGACAAGGUAAGAAAUGGGAAAUUGCUACACCUUUGAGCCAGAACCAAGGAGAUGAAGAAAAGAUGUAUGAAAAUGUUUUUAAACAAUCACCAGGCCUGAUACCUCCUCUGCCACCCAGGGGUUCCCUGUCUCCAGGAGACUCCACCCUACAGGACUCUGAAAACCAGUCGCCAGCUAAAUACACAUCAGUGAAGAAAUUUAAAAACAAGAAGAUCUUUUCUUUCCCUGGUGACAUUGAGCCUGAAGAUGACUAUGAUGAUGUUGAAAUUCCUCCAAAUACAGAAAAUCAUCAUUUUAAAACAGUCACUUCUUCAUGGCAAGCUGAAGAGGUUUCUCACAACACAUUCUAAAAACAACCAAGAAGCAAGACGCUGGUUGCUCACACCUGUAAAUCCUAGCUACU